GCUACUUCGUACUGACAGCUCUCUGCACUAUUAAAUAUUUUGUAAAAGGCGGAAUACCCGUGUUUUAUUAAAAAAAUUGAUGACCUUCUACUUUUUAGCCAACAUUUUAUCUUCCCAUUAUGAUGUCCACUACAGAAGGAGAGUUGGAUGUCGAGGUCUCUCACGAAAGGGAAGAAGGAGAGUUGGAAGAUUCGGAUGUGGAAGAGGGUACGUACAUACCUCUUACACGACCGGAGGCUUUCAAUCCGCCUUCUCUGGUGCAUAUGCAAAUCCAAGAUGAACAGAGUGAUGAACUUUCGUGGCCGGAGUCCUCGGGCUCCGAUUCGGACGAUGAGCCACGACGGCGGCCCAAGCGAACAAAGCUGAGACCAUUGCGACCCCAGCCACAGGUGUCUGUCACACAGUCCGACAAAAAAAAUAAAUAUAAUGUUUGGUGUAAGACUUUAGAGGAGGAUCUUUUGACUGAGGAUAUGGUGGGCUGUGAUGUUACUAAGAAGAGCAGCAAUUAUGGUGUAGAAUCUUAUGAUUAUACUAUUAAGUAUAGAUUAGAUGACAACUAUAUAUCUAAGAAAGUAUUCACAGAUGAUAAGGACACGCUUGAUAGAACCUCUAAUAAAAGGAGAAGGUCUGAUAGGUCUAAUGUCAAACUUAGACUUGGCAAGAGAGUAAAUAGUCAUCAGGAACAAGCAGCAAAACAAAAUCCAAAAUUCUUACCAGAUUUAUUGGUAACAUCACAGGAUCCCAUCGAGUCGAUUGCCAUUGACAUAGCUGAGAAACUAGCUGAAGAGAAGACGGAUUUAGUUGGAAGGAUUGUUCAACUCUUAGGAGCAAACAAAGCUAUGGACCUUUACAGAGCAACACAGAAGGUUGAAGCUGAUGGUGGCAUGCUUGUAAUGAAUGGAACGCGGCGUCGUACCGCGGGCGGAGUGUUCUUCUUCUUGUUGAAGCGCGACGACGACGUGUCCCAGGAGAUGGUGACGCAGAUAUUCAACGAGGACCGCAAAGAAACCGCGCGGAAGAUCAAGAAAUCUCGAGCGAAUACCCGUCAGAAGGUUAUGGAGCAACUCAAACAAAGCCUCACAGAUUCGGAAUUACCUUCGUUAUUAUCUCGCGGCGAGGCAACAGUACAAUCCGAGCACGGUUCGAACCCGCCCCCGUCGCCGGCGACCGACGCGCGCGACUGCUCGAGCGACACUGACGCUCACACUGACGCGCCCCCUUCCCCCGCGCGACCUCUAUCCCCCCUCCCACCGCUGCCAGACCGGACGUUGCAAGGAUACGAGGAUGAUGACUUCCUCGAAGUCAUGUGCAACGAUGAGAUGGACCUAUUCUAAGUUCAAACUGUGAUCGAACCGGCGCGGUGGCUUUGCAAUAGGCUGUGUUUCUAUGUGCGAGUAUGCGUAGCGAAGAAAGUGUUUGUGAAGGAUGAUAAUAUGUGGAUAACUAAAUAAAACUAAACUCUAAGGAAAACAGAAUUGCUACUAACACCCCCCUCCCUUCCUCCGCGCGACCUCUCCCCCCUCCCGGCGUUGCCAGACCGGACGGUGCCAGGAUACGAGGACGACCAAUUCCUUGAAGUCAUGUGCAACGAUGAGAUGGACCUAUUCUUAAUUCAAACUGUGAUCGAUCCGGCGCAGUGGCCCUGCAAUAGACUGAGUUUGAGAGACGUGCGAGGAUGUGUUUGGCAUGGACCAAUAGAAUCGUUUCAUUUACCUCGCUUCGGUUAACACAGCUCUGGUGGAAACGGCUUAGCAGAGCCAGGUUUUUCUACAUACAAAACAUGUGGGGGAUGUGUUUGUAAAGGACCAAUAGAAUAGGUCUGGUGGAAACCCCUUAUCUAUCCUACAUAUAAAAAAAGAGGGAUGCGAUUGUAAAUGACUAAUAGAAUCGCUUCAUUUACUUCGCUUCGGUCAGCACAGCUCUGGUGGAAUGAGCUUAGGUUUUUGUACAUACAAAACAAGCGAGGCUGUGUUUGUAAAGAACCAAUAGAAUCGUUUCAUUUACCUUGUCUCGGUUUUCUUUAAAGAGCUCGCUACAUCCUCGUUUCGCUCAUCUAUCUCGCACAUCUCUGUUGGAAAUGCAGCCUUAACCUCCGGUGAGUGAGACAUUGAAACUUUUUAACGCUAUCCGACGCGAUCGUAAUGCCUCUAGAGUUAAAACAUUAUAGGACAUCGGGAACUAGCAACUACAUAUAGCCGUUUUAAUAUACACUCGACUGCAAAUAAACUGGGCCAACCGCUAGUACCUUGGAACUCUAAUUCAAUUUUUCAAAAAGUAUAAAACUUACAACUAUUAAAGCUAUAUUUACAGAAAGUGUGUUUCAUAAUUAUUAAUAUGAGUAAAAAAAUAUUCUAAAGUACUGUCAACUUACUUUGUAAUCGAGCAAGAACAGCAAUGCUAACAAUUUGCUAAUCUUUUAAUAAAGUCGCGAUUAUCGUUCUUUUUUAUAAAAUGAAUAUAGUCUGAUACUUCUUAUCAUUUCCUUAGUUUUUCUCCAUAGUUUUCUCAGACGUGAGUAUUUUUGUUACGUUAGAUACUUCCCAAUACCACAAUUGGAAAACGAUUCUUCCUUGACUUUUUUUUAAUAAAAAUUUAAUUUAUUGAUUAAUCUCAAUAAUUCUAGUUCAAUUUAAUCACCACGAAAUGCAGUUUCUGUAGUCAUAAUUUUGAUAUUUGUAAGUUUUGUACUUUUUGAGAAAAUCAAAACGAGUUCCGUGGUAGCAAGUGGCCCAGUUUAUUUGCAGUCGAGUGUAUUUAAGCGAUUAUCUUUGGUACUGUUUUUAGGACCAUUAUAAAAUGUUUAUCAUUUGUUUAUUGUCAUUAUCAGUCAACGAAUUAGAAAUGAUAUUGAAAGCAACUCUCUAACAAAGGCAGCUAAAGCAUGGAUCCAAACUUAUACAACUAAACUUCAAAACUAACGCAACAAACAGCACACAGACAAAAAAAAAUAUUUUGACAUAUCAAAUAUCUGCAUGUUAAAGGGAAAUCCCCACCAACCCCAUGAUUGCGUGUUGGUCGAAUUAUUUCGCUCACUUGAUCGCAGUUUGCGUGGAACCACUUUUUAGCCCAGUUCGUGUUCCAUAUUAUUUCUAAUGCGUUGUUAUCAGUCGAUUAUGAAAAUGACAGUGUCUAGUUAUGUACAGGGUGGUCCAAUUAGUGACGUCAACAAUUUUUUUUAGAUUCCUCGCACCUGGGGUAUCCGAAAAUACGCCAUGUAUGUUCCGCGAUUUUUCUUAAUUUUCGAAUUAAAUAAUUUUUGUUGUGUAUUUUUAGUAGUAGUAGGUAUUUUGCAGUCUUUUUUUGACAUUAUUGUCUUGAAUGUUGUUUUAAUAAAAAAAAUAACUCAGCUUCUCGAAAUUACUUAAAGUUACUCAAAAAAGUUAUGUUUUAAUUGUAUGAAGCUACUUGAAUAUUCUUGCUUUAUUUUUCUUUCCGCUUCUGUAAGUUUUUGUCUCAAUUCUUGUUCCCAUUUUAAAUCUUAGUGGUAAACCGAAAUUAUUAUAAAAUUCCACAUGCUAAAGUUUUCUUACAGGAAUUUCAAUUAAAUUUAAUUUGAAAUUACAUUUUUAAGUUUAAUAAUUUACCAUAACAGUGAUAAAAAGUAGAUAAAAUAAUUUUAAAUGCUUUAAUCGUGUUUCGAUGAUUUUUAGCCUAUCCGUCUUCGAAGGCCGAUUACAACAAAAAUAGGCUGAUUAAGUAAAACUUUUUUUAUGAUUUUUGGUAGUUUAGAAGCAUGCGGAAUAGAGAAGAUGCAAUAUUUUUAUUUUUGUUUUCAUUUUAAAGAAUUCCAUGUAGAAUAAACCACAGAUAUAUUAAAAAAUUAAAACAUUGUAAUUUAUCGGAAAAAAUGCAGUUUUAAAUUGACAGUUUAAAUUUUGCGCGAAAACGGACCUAUGGUUCCGAUGACGUCACUCCUGUCUAUCACUGGUCGUACUUGUUCGUCGCUGGCUUUCAAUUUUCAUACUUUUGCAUAUUUUUUCGACUCGAGAUAUUUUUUUGUAAAAAUUUACAAUGGACUAUCCAUCAACAUCAUGUGAUCAUAACAAUACCACUAAUAUUCCGAAAAAAAGCCCUGUUGACUCAUGUUUUGUGUCAAUCUACUUCAACAAAGUAUCCAAAUAAAUGGUUUUUGAUUUUUGAUUGAAUUAAUUUAAUUGACCCAAAAUUGAGAAAGAAGUGGUUUCUAGCUGCGAAGAGAAAUGACAAUUAUUCUCCAAAAACCAUUAUUCGAUGCUGUGAAGAUCACUUUGACGUAAGUCGGCGAAUAUACUAUUGUUAUAAUAAUAUGCUUAAUUAAUCUGCUUGUACGUAUAAACGCAAACCUGUCUAUAAUAUAUUUUUAAUUUUACAGUUGGAGAACGACGUCAAAAAUUGGAUAAAGAUUAAAAAUGUGUAGCACAAUCUUCACAUUGGCAGGACUGAACCAAGCUUUGCGUUUCAUUCAAAAUAACUGUAACACGAUAACUUUCUUUACGUACUUUAUGCUCCGGAGUAACUCGACUUUUUACUGUACAUAAUUCUCCAUCUCUUUUAAUUUGGACAUAGCCGAAUGCGUUUACGCCGUAAGAUUCUCUUGUUGAGCUGAAAAUGUGUAGAAGCCGCUGAAUAAAAUACAAAGUUUAACAACUAUGAUUUAUACCUACCGUAGUAAUUUAGUCCCUUUAAUUUCUACACUUGAAAACUCUGCACAUUGGACAAAAAAAGUUACAACCAUGUCAACACUAACUCUUGGUAAUUUCCUGGAGUCUGCUUUGAUAAACCUAACUUACAUUUUUAUUAAAAAAACGUCAUUAAUAUUCCCAUAAAAUAAUAUUCACUUUUAUAACCAUAAUCUCAAAUAAGUUGUGACGUCACAGGAGUGACGUCACUAAACCUCUGAUUGGUGUUUUAAAUUACGUUUUUUUCAAGUCAUUUUUAAUUCGUAAUUAUUGUUAAAAAACAACAUUAUGUAAAAUAAAAACGUUGCAGUGGCCUUUCUUUUAUAUUUUUUUAACAUUUUAAUCAUAAAAUUUUCAUAAAUAUUAUAUUUGCAUCUUCCCUAUUUUUAAUUUAUGACUUCUGUAGCCCGAAGCUAUGGAAACUCCUUUUUGUAUUUUUAAAUUGAAGUUACAGUUUGAGUAAAUCCUACUAAAAACUAAAGUUCCAACUUUCAAACGCUUUUUGAGUUACUUUAGGUAAUUUCAGGAAGCUGAGUUAUUUUUUUUUAUUAAAACAACAGUCAAGACAGUUAUGUCACAAAAAAAGACGGCAAAAUACCUACUACGAAAAAGAUAUGAAUUUUUGAAACCUCGUUGGCAGAAAUCAUUAAAAAUACACAAUAAUAAUUAUAACUCGAAAACUAAGAAAAAUCGCGGAACAUACAUGGGGUAUUUUCGGAUACCCCCAGGUGCGAGGAAUCUAAAAAAAAUUGUUGACGUCACUAAUUGGACCACCCUGUAUGUCAGUUAACUAAUAGAUCUAGGUAUGUUUUAGCGUGUGGGCAUUAGGAAUUGUAUGCCUUAUGUGACUUCAUAAUGUAUUAUUAAAACUUAUGUUUAAGUGCGUCUGCAUAAAUAAUAGAAUUGAAAGAGUGCUUUUACCUGACAUAUUCACAUUAUGUGUGACACAUAAAUGAAAUUGUAGUUUACUUUAACCCAAAAUUGAAAUCUACAUUUUAGAAUCAACUUGAAUAACAACUUGACACUUGAAUGAUGAAAUUGAUUAUUAUUAUCAGAAGUUUAAAUGCUCUAUCAGUCUGUAUUAUCGUCGUCCAAUAUCCAUUAAAACGUAAAAUAAUACCUAUAAUAAAGUAUCCUUAUGUUAAUGAGGUGCUAAUAUUGUGCUCGUUGUUAUUUUAGUGAAAAGGCGAUAACGGAACGUAAGUUAAUGUAACACUAGUAACGUUUGGUGUAAGUGUCAAAUUCUGUGUAAUAAAAAUAAUAACUUAGACUUGAAAUUAGACAAGACUUGCUAAAUUCUAUGUCUUAAGAAGUCUGAACCUUUGCAGGUUUCACGAUUUGGCCUUUUAAAGGAGAACCAAAUAUAUGUUUUUUUUAUAUCUCGUGUAAGUUACAGCCACAGCAGUUGAUCGAUUAUGCAGUGGGGCCCCCAUGUUGGGUGCCAGAUUAUGUGACUUUCAUUUCCCUAAUUAUAUAUAUAUUGAGAUCUAGUGGGCAAUCCAUAAAUUCCCCAUGUAUGUAGAGUAGAAAUUAAGUUAACUGUAUUAUGGAUUUAUCUGAUAGAAGUAAGUAAUUAAUCACUUGGCAGGAGUACCAUAUUUUUAUAUAGUAAAAUAACAAAUUGAAGAAAUAAAACUGUCAAAAAGCAUCCUAUAGGAAAGAAGAAUUGAUUUCAUACUUUACAUAACAGAUUAUUUUAACUUAUUCAUUGAUUACGUCUGGCGUGUUGAAAAGCUGUAGUAUAAUUUCCAGUACAGACACAGCGAAUUACGUAAAAAUGGCAUAUCUUGUCAAUACAUUGUCAAUCUUAUGUAUAGCGAAAUAAAGCUCAGUCUGUUUGACAAAUUUGACAGUGUCGAGUAACCUUAGCUGUGAGUUGCUGUCUAUACAUUAAAUUACUAAUAAAUAAAUAAAUAAAUAAAUAAAUAUUUCCAACACUCACACCAAUUAGCCUAGCCCCAAAGUAAGCACUGUAAGGCUUGUGUUAUGGGAUACUAGGGUAACGGAUAGAAUACAUAUACUUUACAUAUAUAAGUAUAUUUAUAUAGAAAUACAUAUUAAACAUCCAUGACUGGAGUACAAAUGCUCGUGUUCAUCACACAAACAUCUGCCCCCACCGGGAUUCGAACCCUGGGACCUCUCGAGUCGGCGACACCAUGAAACCCGGCGUACAAACCACUCGGCCAAGGAGGUCGUCAAAGAAAUUCAUCAUGCAAAUAUUCUGUUUAACGUUUAUUCUCUACUUGUUUUUAUAUGUCAAUGAUUGAAAUGCGAUAGGCAUGAUGCGUUGAUACAUGGACGUAUAAAAAAAGGCGGACAGAGUCCCGGUAAACAACAAACUGUGUCGCUCAGAGUCGGCCAGGUCGCUAUAUGUACAAGCCGGCACACACACAUUCACACCAUAGUCAGCCAUUACGCGUGCAAACGUCAAAGCAGCCGAUACGUUAAGUGGAGAUAAAAAUAAGUUAAAACAAGAUGUCUUGCGUGGUAAAAUGGUGUAAAAACCGUAGUGACCGAAAGAAAAAAAAUCCAGGAAUCACGUUUCAUAGGUAAAUGAACAAUAUAAUCACUUUUUUUCUAGUUUUCAGAAAUCGAAAUCAAUUUUCAUUCUAAGCACAAAAUAAUUAAUCUAAAGUCCAGUGUUGUCAAUGUUCACGUAACCAUAUUACCUAAAAUAUGGGAAAUUGGGGUGACAUUAGCUUCAAUCUAUUAUUUGUUAUUCUUUUUUAUCAGAUUCCGUAAAGAAAAUGUAGAAUGGAGAAAUGACUGGAUCCAAGUUAUUAGGAAUUGUAACGGAGAUGAUCAAUGUAUUCCAAAUAAAUAUAGUGUCAUUUGCAGUAUCCAUUUUGAAGCUGGAGACUUAUAUACUACUAAAAGAGGACUCCGGCGUGUUGUUACGCAUGCAGUACCUCAAAAGGUAAAUUAAAAAUUUUAACCGACUUCAAAAAGAAAGAGGUUCUAUACGUCAUAUUUGUUAUUUUUUUUUUCAAUUGUUGUUCGUGCAUAUCUCCGAGAUUCGUGGCCCGAUUUUGAUGAUUAUUUUUUUGUUUGAAUCAGUUUAUUAGCGAGAUGGCUGUAUUAAUUAAGUGCAGAGCUGAUGAGUAUUUUCGGAGGGAAACAAUGGAACUCCUCAAUUACAAACAGUACUCAAUGCAUAUUUUGUUAAUUUAAGAAAUAUAAAAAAGAAUGCAGGCCUGGCCAGGCAUAUUUAGGUGAUUUACUCUGGCUUAUGAAAAGUGGAAAAUAUAAACUUUUUCAUACAAAAAUAAAAACAGACUUCAUGUUAGUUUUCCAAUUACAGAGCAUAAUGCGACUCAGUGGCUACCAAUGCCGAAUUAUGCUGAUGAUUAAUUGGAACGUGAAUUAGUUUUCAAAUGCACCAGCAAAGUGCGCUAAGUUCAGUGUUGAAAAAAAAGUGGAAUAUAAAAAAAGUCAAUAUUUGUUAAAUAUAAUAGUUUGAAUUAACUUUGAUUAUUUAAAAAAACCUACAAUGAAACAAAAGUUUUAAAAUAUUUUCAACGAUAAAUAAUAUUACUAACGAUAAUAUUUAAACAAAACAUUUCGAUCAAUGCCAACUUAAAAACAGUGCGUAUGAACACAAUUUUCGCCUUUCCAGUAUCGAUCGAAACGGUGCAGUGUGUUAAAUUUUUGCCACGGGACCAAUGUUCGACGCAUCACCGCGGUCGUCGGUUCAAAUCCCGCACUCGUGUUUUAUUUUUUAUUAUAUUUUUUUUCCAUUUUUUAUAUAUUUGUUUUAGACCCCAGCAUCUGUUCUUAUUUUUAUUUGUCUCCCUUUUAUUUAGACUUUAUAAUUAUAAUUUUUGGACUAAAGGUGGUAAACUGUGGAGCAUGUGGAAGUUUUUUGGCGCCGGGCAAUGCUGUUGUUUGCUGUGCUUGCCCAAUAAAAUAUCAUAAGGCCUGCCUCGCCAUCUAUUAAUAUCAGAGAAAAAACUUGAAUUAAUAUCAAAGAAAAAAAAUACUGCAUAAAUAAAUAGUAUUAUUGCAUAAGUUGACAAAUAAUGCUAUGCAAUAGCUUUACCGCGGCAGUCCCCGAGUGCAACACGAUUUUUUUUUAAGUACACGAUUUGCAUACCUAUUUUCUAAAUACAGUGGAGCCCCGGUAAUCCGGCCCCUGGCUAAUGCGGCACCCCCUAUAAUCCGACAUCGUCUAUUACAUACAAGUAUUCGCUAAUUCACGAUUGAACAAGUUACAACUUGUACGCACCAUCACAAUUGUGCUCGACGCGUAGGGUAUUGUUUUUUAUAUUUUUUUGUAAAUUCUAUAGCAUUUGACGUUACUUUUAUAAUAAAACAUAAUCUUUCUAUUGUGUUGUUUAAUUUACUCAAUUUGACAUACAUAACAAAGUAUGUUUUGUAAUCUUAUCAUUGGAUCUGUAAUUUGUCGGAUUACAAGGUACUCUUUUGUAAAAAAAAUCGGACUAUAGGGGGUCUUAGGCAGUACUCUAUAAUCCGACAAAUUCGAUAGUUCGACACUGCCCUGCAAAAUGUUUGUCGGACUACCGGGGAUCCACUGCAUUCUUUUAAGACCCUUUACUUUGAUACCUCGCUUGACGGGUUAUAAGCAUUUUUUUUCUAAAGGUUUCAUUUUGGCGCCUUAUUAUUGGGCAUACAUACAUGCAUACACGCUCGAAAAACAUUAUCCACCGCAGUCGGGUAAAAUUUUGAACAAUUAAAAUAUUUUGAUCUUUUUACUGUGUUUUAUUGGUAAAAAAUUGGCUAACCUAGCAACCCUGCAUUCACUCACUCAUAGAUAACCGCCGCCAUUACGGUGCCUCACUUUUGUCUUAGCCGAAAUUCUGUCCGCCUUUUUUUAUACGUCCUUGCGUUGAUAAUGAAUAUCAAGAUAUUGAUGAAUAUUAAUUGCAGAUUUAGGAUCAUGGUUGUAUCAGUUAUAUUUUUUUAUAUAUUUACAACCUGUCUUCAUUAAACAUCAGACAGGCUCUUACUGCUAUAUGGUAUUUGACUGCAUCUAUUAUUUGGUACAAUAAUAUUACCAAAGGAUUUUAAAACAAUAAACUUGUUUGCCUUAUCACAUGAAAAUAAAGAUUAAAAGUUGCCUAAUUUGAUCUCAAUUUAGAAUGCUGAAGAUUCGUCACAGAAAAUUGGUUAAACUGAACCGUUUUCAAUAUACAAAGAUUUACUGGUAUAGGGGCAUCCUAAUGCUCGUUAUAGGUUAUUAAUAAAUAAUAUAAGAAAUGUAAAAAUGGCAUCGAGGUGUUCACAUCCGCCUUUAAAAAUAUUUUUUUAUAUCAAAAUCCAUCAUCUUAAUGGUUCAAAAUGUAAAAUGGCUGUAAAAUAGCUGUAGUUGUAGACAAUAAAUAGCUUAUUACCAAUAGGCAUCUCGUACACUAGACGGCUACGACCACGGCCAGUGCUCGUAACGAUCAGAUUAAGUAGGGAAACCAUAUGAACAUUGGGCACCUGGCCGCACGACUGGCCUUUGCGACCAACUUACGUAUAGUUUUAUAAGCGCUCGCGCACUAGAGCUGCGACUGCCAAUGCGGCCAGGCCGCGACCAGCCAUUCUCGGUAUUAUGCGGUCAGUUUGUGCGUGAACAUAUGUAUAUCAUGUCAUUUCGAAACUCAAUACGAUUUUUGUUUUCUGCAUUGAGUUUUGAUACAAGUUUAUUUAUUAAUGAAAUAAAGAAACGACCAGCAAUAUGACCGUUUUACGAUCGGUCUUGGUCGUAGCCGCAAACUUGGCCACGGCCAGUAGUGCGCGAGGUGCCUUAGGCAGGCAUUUUCCAGGAUUCUGCAUAUCGUUUCAUAAUAAUUUUAGAAUAAAGCAUUAUUUUUCCUGAUCAAAAAAUUAACAAUUACUGAUCUUAGAAUAAAUUAAAAGGGGGUUUUAUUUAAUCUAAACAACUGAUGCUUAGAAUAUUGGUCUGAUUUGCGUGAAGUAGCUGCUGUUGAUCAUCGAAUCAAAAUCAUCUUGCUAUGGAGCAAGCAAGAUUUGCUUCCCCUCAUCUGCAAUAAAUAUAUUAACUAUUUUAAAUUAUAAUUUCGUAGUUUCUCCUUCGUAUGUAUUUAAUUGAUAUGAUAUCAAAUAAAUCCUGGAAAUUGCUUCAAAACUGUUAUAAUAACCUAAUCGUACACAAUUGAUUUUUUUUUGCUGGAAGGUAUGUUUACUUGUAAGCAAUGUAUAGUGCGAUUCAACUAAGAAUAGGACCGACUGGGCGCCAUAUUGUGACGUCAUAGCUAUCAAUUCAAACCAGGUAGAGUGAGCAAAAAAGUUUUUCUUUAAUAGAACUUAUUUACCAAGAUUAAGUGAGAAAAAAUAUCAGAUUGUUAAUAAUAAAAAUAUUUUGUAAUGCUUUUUCUCACUCCGUCUUUAUAAAUAAAUAAUAAUAUUAGAGACUGAGUGGGAAACAACAUUAAUCAGAAUCUAACUCUUUAAUUCCGCUCAUUUCUUCACUACCGUCGGAGCAGUUAUCAUCAUCACUGCUGCUUUCGGCUAUUAAAUAAAAUAUCGAUUAUUGUAGGUUUUAAAACGACAACUUUAUUUAAAAUAGAAACGGUCGUUUUUUAUCUGUAUUUAAAUAAUAAAACUAAUGUUAUGAUACUUCCCUUUUCCAGGACUCAUUUUCUAUACGUUACAUAUUAAGAUUUAUUUCCUUCUGUUUACAAAUAUUUAGUAUUAAUUCUAAGAUUAGCCUAGUGCUAAAAAAAAGUAUACCACGAUUUUUUAGCAAACCGUACUUUCAAGCGACAUUUGACAGAUGGAGGUCAUUGGCUUUCCUAUUCCUAUUUGAAUCGCAUAGUAGCUAUUGUAAUAUUAUUAUUCCAUUUGGGAUUUAUAUUUUUAUUACAUAUAAAAUUUAAAAAAAAACAAUAAGGCAGACCAGAAAUCUGUAACAGUCCCAUCACAAAGAAUAGCAACAAGUUUUAAGGAGAAAUGUAUUUUUAUCAAAACUAAGUAUUCAUUAUGGAAGUGCUGUCUGUUUUUUAUUGGAGUAACGAAAAUAGUAGAAUAAUUAUGUAUAUUUCUUCAUGUAUAAUACUUUAUGGACAGACUAUAAAAAUACUUUGUCUAAUAAAAGCGACGAAAGUCUGAUUG